AGUUGCUGCAUGGGAAUAUUAUUACACAGCUAAGAAUCCAUGGCUGAAUUUAAGGAUAAGUUCUAUAGCAGUUCGCAGCUGACGCUCCAUUAAAUAUUUAUAUUAUAGUUAUUCCCACGGCGCCGAUCAUCAUUGCUGUCCUCCUACACACUGUCUCUCAAUCCGCCAGAUGAGGACAAUAAUGGACUUAAUUACACAUACCCAGUUCCCUACUGUCAAAAUGCUCGCGACAUCUGCAGCUGCAUGGCUUUAGGCCGGGUUUAGCACGCGGGCGCCGCCAGGAGUCGCGAUUCAAGAUGGACGAGCUUGGUACAAGGCCCACCCGAACAUGGCGCAUAUUAAUCAGGUGAACCAAGAUACUCAUCAAAUUAUUGAUGAGUAUGGCCGCACCCGUUUCUUUCAUGGAACCAACGUUGUCAUGAAGGAGCCCCCCUGGUAUUGGCUGAUGGAGUGGACCCCCGGAGUCUCGUCAUUUAGCGAGCAGGACGUACAAAAUUUGCAUGAUUUGGGGAUGAAUAUUGUGCGGUUGGGACACAGCUGGGUGGGUGCUGAGCCAGUUCGCGGUGAGUAUAAUCAAACGUUUUUAGAUAUUAUGAAAAAUCAGACAAAGAUGGCAGAGGAGCAAGGGAUCUACGUAUUAGUGGACGUACACCAAGAUUUAUUGGCAAGACAAUUUUGUGGCCAUGGUGUGCCUGAUUGGUUUGUCAAGAAAGACUGGGUAAAGGGCUGGACAAGGUUCCCAGUUCCUGUCGAUAUCUGGCCAUUUACUACUGACAGUAAUGGCUUCCCUUCGCCUAAAUCGCAAUGCAAUAACUCUAAUUGGGAAUAUUAUUAUGGAUCUGUGGCUAUUUGUAACGCCUUUGGAAGACUGUACAAGAAUCAAUACGGUCUUAGAGAUGCAUUCGCGGAAUACUGGAAGAAGUUGGCGUCGGAAUAUGUCGAAGCCAUUAAUGUCGUAGGGUACAAUCUGCUGAAUGAGCCCUGGGCUGGUGACGUAUGGGUAGAUCCAACACUCCUUAUAUCUGGAUCCGCUGACUGUAAGGUUCUGGAGGCACUCUGGAACCGCGUGGCGAAACAGACCCGCACCGUCGAUAAUGAUAUGCUUAUCUGGUUUGAAGGUACCACCUUCGAUAUUCUGUCUGGCUUCAAUAAUGUGCCUCUCGGGUACGGAUCUAGGAUGGUGCACUCAUUUUAUUACUAUUAUCCACCACAGGUGGGCGCCAUUUCCGAUAUAUUUAGAUAUCGUCACAAGGACAACGUGCGACUCAAAACUGCUGGUGUCCUUACAGAGUUGGCGUUUUGGGUUGGUGAUGAUAAGCAGAUGAGAGAUAUGGCAGAUGUUAUGAUGGCGACUGACGUACAUAUGGUUUCUUGGAUUGGAUGGGCAUAUGAGAAUCUGUACAAGGGAGCUUCUGAAGAGCCGUAUCCAGAGCUGCAGAAGCACUAUAGCCGCGCGUAUCCGGCCUCGAUCGCCGGUACGCCUACUUCGUUUGGCUUUGACGAGGACUCGGGUACUUUCAAGCUGCAAUUCACAAGCGACCCGAGAAUCGAUGCACCUACCGAGAUCAUCUUGCCGCCUUCCACGUUUCCAAACGGGUACCGCAUUCAGAUUUCCCCUGCCGGCAGCUUGGGGCAGUACAAGAGAGACAAUCGCACCUUGGCCCUGUGCAAAUCGAGUUCUCUCAAGAAGGCGACAGAUAUCUCUGUCACCAUUGCUAGGAAAUAGCCGUACAGUGGUGUUUACAUCUGUUAAUUGGUCAAUGUUCGAAGUUUUAUCGAUUAUCUCUUUAUCGGGUACUGCUGUGAGCCUCGAGGAUUCUUGGCAUGGUAGCGGUAGUAUCCAGAUUUGAAAGACUUCUAUUCAGCCAGUAAUGCUGGGUUCCCCGGAAGGGACAAACGACCGAGGGCUUAGCUGGUCUAUAAGCUUCAUUACUUGGUCCGAUCGCCACUCAACCAUGGUAAUGACUAAGCUUUCUGUUUGGACAGCGGGAGCAAAUGGGGUCGUGAUGAAGUCCUCGAAAACUCAAC